AUGUCAUCACGUGGAGACUCCGGGUAUAUGAGUCAUUACGAUUCUAUUUACAGUCAAAAAUCAGAGGUUGAUAGUUUUGAUCAUUUGGGUGAUGUUGAUUAUGUGGAUUAUCAUAACGUGAGAAGUUCAAUGCCUUCUCCUUAUAAUGACCGAAGAGACGAACAUAUGGAGAAAAAUGGAGCCAAUCGUCACACGUAUCACACAUCAAAUCAUCAUAGAUCCUUUGAUAACGAUUCUUUAUACCCGCCGGUACCAAAUCAAAGAUAUCAAUAUUCCACUUCGCCGAAAUCUAAUUCCUACGAACACAACCAAAAUGAUUUUUCGAUCGAGUCAAAUAGAGAUUAUCCACCACUACCCCCUUCACCUUAUAACCAUCCGAUUCACUAUUCAACUUCGCCAUUGAAUUCCCCAAGGUUACCUCCACAACAAUCAUAUGGAAACCCUCCCGAAUUUUAUAUACCCAAACCAUCACCAAGGAGUGCUUCAUUACAAAACAUAAAUCGUCCCGAAUCAAGUCCUCGUCUAAACGCAUCGUUUCCGGUUAAUGCGUUGAAGAAUAAUUCAAACAUUCGACCUUAUCCAUUCGUUGACACUCCGAAAACUCUAAAGUUCAAUGAUAAUAAUAAUUUUUAUCAACAAGAAAAACCUGAACAAGAAUUAGAUGCGUUUGAUUUUUCCGAAGCACAUGACAUAAUCGAUUCAUAUUAUGAUGAUCUUGAAGUUAACGAAUCAUUACCAAUUCAAGAAGUAACAAGAAAUCGAAAACGUGAAGCUGCUGUAAAGGAAAUACUUACCACAGAACGAACGUAUGUCGAUGGUUUAAGGAAACUUGUGUAUGUAUUUUAUAAACCCCUGCAAGAAAAUUAUAAAAGGUCUAAUAAUAAGAUCUUGUCAACGAAACCUGUCGCAACUAAUGAAGAAAUUUCGGCUAUAUUUGGAAAUAUUGAGCCGUUAUUGAAAUUACACGAGAUACUAUUGAAGUCAUUAGAAGAAAGGAAUCGAAAUUGGAGCCCAACUCAAUAUAUUAGUGAUAUAUUUUUACAAAAUGCUCCAUAUCUUAAAAUGUAUGUACAUUAUUUAACAAGCUUUCCGCAAGCAAUAGCGACUAUGGAACGACUUAAUAAAGAGAGCAAGGAUUUCAAAAAAUUUUUGCAGCAAUGUCAGUUGAAGCCAGAGUUAGGAGGAUUACCGCUCAACUCUUUUCUGAGUCUUCCGAUUCAAAGAAUUCCACGUUAUAAAUUAUUGACAGAAGCUUUAUUUAAACAUACAAAAGAGUCACAUCCCGAUUAUCAAAAUUUAAAGAGAUGCGUGGAUCAUAUUUCAGCAAUUGCUGAAGAAGUGAAUGAAAAAAUACGAGACGCUGAAAAUCAACAGAAAGUACUGGAAAUUCAGAAAAAAGUGAUGAAUUUGCCGAAAAACAUAGUAGAUCCUGCACGAAGGUUCAUUUAUGGCGGAGAUCUUUACAAAGUUACACCAAGACAGACAAAUGUCAAACCAUUCUUUACGGCAACACAGGAUAUACGAGCACACUUUCUUUUUAAUGACCUUUUGCUCUUCUGUUUAAAUUUUAAAGGAGAAUAUCACUACAAAGGUGAAAUUGAUCUGAGAUUUGCGACAGUUAAAGAGAUUGAUGAUGAUUCUGCAGAUCAACCGUUUUGCUUUCAAUUACUUACUACCGAUGCAAGGAACGGAGCACAUACCGUUCGUGCAACAAGCUUCGAAGAGAAAAAUGAAUGGAUCACCAGACUUCAAAGAGCAAUAUGGUCACUACAAGAUAGAAGUGGAAAACAUCUUCCUAUUCCUCAAUAA